AUGCUACCACGUCGGGAGAAGGACGCGCGCAAGCCACGCCCUCAGCAGCUCGUGUUCUCCACCAAAAAGGCAGGACGCAAGACCAAGACGCAUCAGCAGCAUCGCAGUCAUAGCCACAGCCGAUCCGUGAAGCGCAUGCGACCGUCACGAGCUCUUCUGCAGGGUGACCACGCGACGGUGGCGCAGUGCGUGCGGGCGAUGGUGGAGAGGAAGACGGACGCUGCGCUGCUUGUAGACAGAAAUGGGUUGCUCACAGGAAUCCUGACCGACAGAGAUGUCGCGGUAAAAGUUGUGGCAGUGGGCAGAGACCCUGGUAGGACGCUAGCGCAUGAGGUCAUGACCCCCGACCCGUCGUGUGUGUCAGCCAACUCCAGCGCGAUCGACGCGCUUAAGAAGAUGAUUUCCGGACAAUUUCGCCACUUACCGGUGACGGACAAUGAUAAAGUGGUCGGCAUCCUGGACAUCGCCAAGUGUUUGUAUGAAGCUAUCACAAAGCUCGAGCAUGCGUACCGAGAGUCUUCCGACCGACUGGAGGAAACGGUUAAAAAGCUGCAAGAUAGUUUAUCAGGGUCCACGGAGGCUAAUUUAUUCGAGUCCUUGCGGCAAAAGCUGUUUUUGCCAACACUAUCGGCAAUCCUCAUGGAAGGCUCGGAGGUGCCUGUUUUGGGUCCGUCGUCAACAGCGAUGGACGCAGCACGCAUGAUGCUUAUACAGAAGACUAGUGCCGUUAUGGUUUGCGAUGAAGCAGGUCGGACAGUGGGCAUUUUCACGUCAAAAGAUCUGAUGCGGCGUGUGGUCGCUUCGUCGCUGGAACCCAAUCAAUGCGUGCUGUCGAGCGUGAUGACACCCAAUCCUCAAACAGCCACAUUGGGGACAACGAUCUUGGAGACGCUUCAUUCAAUGCACAACGGCAAGUUUCUGCACGUGCCCGUCUUCGAUAAUGGUACAAAACUUGUGGGUAUAGUAGACGUCCUACAGGUCACGCGUGGCGUCAUUCAGCAAAUGGGCACGUUUCAGAACGUUAAAAGUGACAGUGUGCAGCCGUUGUGGGAUCAAUUUCGGAGCAGUUUGAAAUACUCAAAUGACUCUGCUGAGCACGAAGAAGAAGUCGAGGAUGAUGACUCGAAUGUUGGUGUGGAUGACCCCGAUGGUGAUGGGAUUGACAUUGCAUCAUUGGUGGGGCGUCAGUCCUGGAAUGAUUUUCAGUCGUCAACCGGAACAAGUGCUACAGGCGACCCAGCGUUGCUGGAUGAGAACCCUCUUAACGAAGAGGAGCAUGCACCUGAUGUAUUUGUCUACAAACUUGCCGAUUGCUACGGUAAUAACCAUCGAUUUACGAGCUCUGCUGAGUCAGUUAAGCAGCUUCUCGUGGAUGUCCAGAACCGACUUGGUGACAAUACUAUUCGCCGAAUCCUGUACGUCGACGACGAAGGCGACCACGUGCUGCUUUCCGAGGACUCCGAUUUGAAGGAUGCUGUGAAUCGAGCGCGUACCUGGGGAAAUAAAUAUAUCCGCCUGAUAGUUCCGCACUAUCGGCUCGCUGUGCGUCGAGCGUUGGCACACAAUAAUGAUACCGCGAUCGGAAUGGUCGUGUAUGCUGCUGCCGUAGCUGCUCUAGCCGGCGCGUCGUUUUUUCUCAGUAGACGGAAAUGA